AUGUGGGACAUCCUGGAAGCUCUCCUGUUCCCAAUCCUUGCCAUACUAUGGGGUCUUCAGUGGCCUCUCCCCGACGAGGGAUUCAUCAUCAUCUUCCUGGUACUGCUUCUCUGGGAGAGCCAGUGGGGCCACCUGGAAUUGAUGAUGAAGAAAGAAAAAAACAAUGAUGUGCGUGAUCCCAAUUCCCAGCUGGAGGAUGCACCGGAUGAAGUGUGGAAGAUGUUGGAGAUUUGCGACCAAAAUCUAAAAGAUAUUCUGCAUCUCCUAAAAAGGUGUGACAUGGACACAGUCUCUGAGGAAACGGAUUGCACCAUCUGCUGGUGCCUCAAUCAAAAAGCCCAGGGUGUGUUAAUGGAGGACAGCACUUCCUGCUCCACACAGUCACCGCUCCCUGCUGGCAAGAAGAUAGUGACUCUCCCCAGUCCAUCUUUACAUGGAGGCCUGGACUCAAGAACUCACCUUCCCUGGAAGACCGGCUCAAACCUCACCUCAAACAAAGGGGUCCGUGAUACAGGGGCCCUACCUCUGCAAAAGAACAAAGGGCCUCAACUACCUCAGCUGGAGGAGAAGUUUCAACAGCUGCAGGAGCCAGGCUUCCCACUCUCGGGCCCAGCGGACUCAGCGGACCCACCAGAGAAAGUCCUCCGGGUCGUGGAGCCGACACCGUCUGAGAGUUGGAUCGAUCUUGAGGCUUCGCCUUCCAAGAUCUUGCACCCCUAUUGGGCCCCUCUCCUCAUCCCCAAUAGCCACGGCGUCCCGGGGCCCCGGCACAGAGGAGCACUCGGGUCAAACCACUGCCACAUGCCCAGUUCUCUAGAAGAGAGGAGGGAGAGAGUUGGUGCCAACAUUCCCGGAUGGGAAUUACCCGAGAGCCCUAGUCUUGAGGGCCAGAAGAAGUUCGAGCCCAAGACGGGAGAGCGAGUGGCCCUCAAACCCGAUGCAGAGGCCCGUUCUCUUGGCAAAGAGAGCUCUGGGCAUACUGCGGUGCUUCCACCCACUGGGAACUCGGGCCACAGGGUGUCGGUCGUCACGGACCACGUCCCCAGUGUCUUCGGACCCGAUGGCGGCCACACCCCGAGGCUCCUGAAUGGGCGAGAGAAGGCCCCGGAGGAACGGGUGGCCCAACGGCCCCCACCACACAGGAACGGGGUGAUCAUCUCCCUGGUGUACAGUGGGAGGGACACCAGGGCCACCUGCCAACAGGCUCUUCCUCCAAAACUGGGCCCCCAAGCUCUCUCCAUCACCAGACAUUCGGCCCCUGCCUUGCCAAAGUCCUUGCCUCCACGUGCUUUUGAACCAAGACCCCAGAAAGCGUGGAGGGUCAUUAAGGAGCAUGACCAGAAGGCCCAGUCAUCCCCGGAGUUGAGCUGGAGCUCCAGACCACAGGAGCCCCGGGAAAAACUCACCAAUCUAGGUGGCCUGUCGGAGGAGUCCCUGAAGGCCCUGGAAUCAAUCGGCCUUAAUGCUGAAGCACACGACUUUCCUCUCUGGUCUCCCUUUAAUAUGUCACCUGAGUACACCCGGCCUAGCAUCUCCAACGGGGCCGACCCAGCCUACUGA